AAUGGUGUGAAACACACCUCAAAGCCAUGGAUCUGCUGCCCUUUGCGCCUCGGCCCGGGUGUGGCAGCGCUGUGAAGUUACCGUACCGCGCCAGGAGCGUCUCAACAGUCCCACCGGGAGUGGUUCAACCGGCCUUGGGAGGUGCACUUCUGGGCGCAGCUGGAAGAGGAUGCUCGCUACGCGACCGGAGAGGUCGGACGCGGCAAAGCCAGCCUUUGUUUGUCCCUGCGCAGGUGGAUGAUGAGCCCACGACAAGCUGGUCAUCUAUCGAAGUGAAGGACUUGGGUGAGAAAGGAUUUGGUAUCGUGGCGGUGGCACCUCUGAGCUGUGGAGAAGUGGUCUUGAGGGAGAAGCCCCUGCUGGCUUUGCCACCAUCCUUUGAUGGCGAUUUGGAUCUCCUGCUGAACCAAACCAGCCUCAGUCAGUUGGAUGGUGACCUCAAGAAGGCCUUGAAAAAGCUGAGCGAAGAAGCACAGCAGCGCUUCUGGCAGCUGGCAGAUUCACAUUCCCCCGGGCCAAAGACGGCUGCGGGUGUUGCGUUGACCAAUGCUUUGCACCUGGGCACAGGUGGUGGCUUGCUGACCCGCUCUGCCCGCUUCAAUCACAGCUGCUUGCCCAACGUCCAGGGCACCUGGGCGGAUGGCUGUGCCGAAUGGCGCGCGCUGCGCGCGAUUGCACCGGGGGAGGAACUAUGCUUCUCGUACGUGGAUCCAUACCAGACUGAUGAGCAGAGACAAGCGACCUUGGAACUGCUAUUCAAAUUCAAGUGCAGAUGUCCAGUGUGCAGCUUGGAGAAAGAUGCCAAAGCUGCAAGCAAUCAGAAUCGCUUGCAGCUUCGAGAUUUGAACGAAGGCCUUCAGAUGGCGGCCAUCGCUGCUGAUGACACGGAGGAGGUUCUGGAAGUGCUGGUCCCGGAGAUGCUGGAGCUGCUGGAUUCGGAGCUGGCUGGGAGUCCUGCACUGAAGAGCAAGGUGCUUCACUUGGGAUUUCUGCUUUCAUUGGAGUCAGAGAAUGAGGAUCUUGCCAAGAGAAUGGCAACUCAGGCCUGGGAGAAUGCCGUCUUGGCGUAUGGCUCUGAUUCGGACCGUGCCAAGAUGCUAAAGGCUUGCGCUGAAGGCGACUACCAAAGCGAAGACUUUGAGGAUAUGCUCCUGGAGAUGCAAAGUGAUGAUUUGGUUGGACUACUUGGCCGCAGCUAGUGCAGCUAGUGGGAUCUCCCAGAAUCUGCUGAUCUGCUGAUCCUUUGCUCAUCAUGGAAUCAUCGGCUGUGCCCUACCGGAUCCAGCUGAAGAUCGCCAGAAGCCACGGCCGGCGACGAUGACCGGCUCCCAGUGACCAGCGACGAUGUCCGAGUGCAGGCUCCAGCGCCUCUGAGGCCUGAGAAAAAGAUGGGUUUGUCC